AUGCAAGAACAGAGUGGAAGUAAUCCACAACCAGAACAAUUAUCAUCAACAAUUAUAUCAGAUUUGGAAUGUCUUGUUUUGGCACAAGGUUCGAAGGUAGUUGAAUGUAAUGAAGAACAAGAAGAGGAAAAAGAAAAAUUAAAAGCCCACUCAGAAGAAGAAGCAGUGAGAAGCGAAAGUACCACACCGAAGAGGGAGCCAUCAGAAAAAGUAGAAAACUCACAGAAAGAGCAAACUCAAGCACAAAAUAAUACAUUAGUAGAACAUGAACCAAAGCAAAUACCUGUCGCACUUAUCAUGUCUUUAAAAAAAUCACUAAGCGAAUUACAAGAUAAAAAAGGACCUCAAUCAGGAACAUUACAAGAAACAGAAAAAAAAGCGAAUGAAGCAUUAGAAUUGGUAAACGAAAAUGAACAAGAAAGGAAACUGGUUAGAAAAAUGCAUUUGGAGGGAAAAACGACAAUCCCUAAACAAAUUAUAAAGAUAGGAAAACUAGAUAUACUAGAACUUUUAAAUAUGGCGCCAGAAUAUGGAAAUUAUACCCCCGAUAGGGAGGAAGAAUUGAAGGAGGAAAUACGUAAAUGCAGAAAUAAGCAUAAAAAAGAAUUUAAAGAAGUGGUGGAGCAUACAGAUAUAGAUUUAGAAGAGGACGAAAUGAAAUAA